AGAUACUAGAAGAAAUGUUUUCCUAUGGGCAUUGUAACCACUGGCCCAGGCUGCCCAGAGAAGUGGUGGCUGCCCCAUCUCUGGAGGUGUUCAAGGCCAGGUUGGAUGGGCCUUUGAGCAACCUGAUCCAGUGGAAGGUGUCCCUGCGCAUGGCAGAGAGGUUGGAACUGGGUGGUCUUUAAGGUGCCUUCCAAUCCAAACUGUUUUAUGACAGAGAGAUGUUACAGAACAUGUUCUAGCUUUUCAAAUAGAGGUGAAGCUCGACUCAAUCGCUUCACUCAGUUAGGUGUGAAUGGAGUCUCAAUAUCUGAAGAGAUGCCUGGGAACUUGCCUGAAAAAGGGACUGGCAGAGGUUGUAGAGCAUCGGCCAGCAGAUCCAAUAGAGUAUCUAGCACAUUGGAUUUACAAUUACAGAAGAAAUUUGGAUGAAGAAAAAAAGAGAGUGUUGGAGAGGAUUGAGCUGGAACGAGAACGUGAGGCAGCCCUGAUAGAACUGGAAAUGUUAAGAAAAAUGAAAGAAGAAGAGCUAAUGAUCCAGCAGAAACUUGAAGAACAACGUCAGCGUCAGUUGGAAGAAGAACGUGAGGAGCUGGGAAAAGUACGUGAGGAGCCAGAACAGAAAAAUGAAGAAGUUAAAAUGCUGUUGCAGCAGAACGAUCAAGAGGAAAAUGAAGAGACAACAGCUGAACUUGCAGAUAGGCCUGAAACACCUACUUUGACCAGAGUUGAGGAGCAGGAUGAUAAUGGACUGACUGAGAUGGUAACACAUCACACAGCAGAAGCAGAACAAGAAAGUUCCCAACAGAUCUGAAAGCAGUAAAUAUAUUUUCUACCUGUUACUUGGUGAUCCAGAAGUGUAAUAUCUUGGUUUGUGUCUUUUGUAUAUAGAACUGUGUCCCAAUUUAGCCCCAACCCCUGGUUGGCAGGUAAAGAUGGAUCAGAUUUCGUUGUUCCUCAGCCCCGGGGAGAAGGGAAAGGGAAAAGGAAAACGAGAGAGAGACUUGUGAGUUGGAAGCUAAAACUAAAAGCUUUAAUGAAACAAUAGUGAUAAAAGGAAAAUACUAUUAAUAGGAAAAUAAUAAAAAUAUAUACAAAAUGGAGCUCCCCCAUGACGAUAUCACCACUCAUGCUCCAGGGUAGGCAUGGGCAAAGUCUCAGGCUACGCUUAGUGGCAGACGAGAGCUGGGUCAGGAACUGGGUCUAGAAAAUGGAUUCAGGAACACACAGAUCAGGAUCAGAUCGAAUGGACAGACAAAAUCCUCACAGGACAUUGGCUGUUGAUGAAGAGGGCUUGACCCUUGCAAUCCCCUAAGCUUUCUAACAAGUAUGACGUAUAUAGGAUUGAAUACUCUAGUAUGUUUGAGUCACCUGUCCUGUCCGCUCCUACCUGCAGGUGCGACCCUUUUUCACCCUUUGACUUACGGCAUUCCACCAGCUUGAGGAUGGCCCUGGUUUCUGUAGGAAUAAGUAUAAAUAAUGGCCUUUCUGCAUACCAAUGCCCUCUUAUUUUGGUGAUAACUAUAAAUAUUAAGCAUUAUCACUUCUAGAGACAGGUGCUGUCUGGAAAACGUGUUGACUUUCACAAAAUGUAGUUACUUAGAAGAGACUUAGCUGAAUGGAGAAUUGGUUUUGCUUAAUUCUGGCGUGUGAUGCUUCUUUUUUGUUUUUAAACCACUGCAGCUAUCAUGGCUGACUCUGAAGAAGAAAACUGCAGUUGCAGUGAAAGCAGUAAAUAUAUAUUCUACUUAUUGCCCAUUGAUUCUUGAAGCGUAACUGCGACGUAGGUGUAAUUAAUUUGUCAAGGUUAUUUUGGAGUAGAAGCUACAAUAUGAUAAUUUGAAUCAAUAUUAAAGAAUAAAAGAUGAUUGAAAAAGGAUUUUCUGAGAAUUUGAAUGGUUUCUAAUAGAAAGAGGGAAUGCUUUGCAGAUUAGAAGAUGGAGAGAGAGUUCUGCAUGUUGAACUAGAUGCAAAAAUCAAAUCAGACGUUUGUCCAGUUUACCUGGAAGAGGUAAUUUGAGCUCUAUGUGACUCAGUAGACUGAUGUACUAGAAGAUCUUGUCUAUCUUAGAAGUCAUGAUGUAUUUUUUGUAACGGUAUGUGUUGCCUCUAGGCUUUAUAAUUUCUGGUUAUUGUGUGAUUUUAGAUGACCUGUGAGUGUCUGCACAUCAGUUUUGAUUUAUCAAGGCUUAAAAUAAUGUCUUCUGCAUUUUUCUUGAAUUUGCAAGUCAAUAAACUUACAUCUUUGUUGUCUUUAUUAAAUACCAUUAUUCUCAAAGCUUCACUUCUAAAAAAAUUUUUAAAAAUGUUUAGCUUUAUCUAUAUUUGUUUAUAAAAAUAAGUUUUAUAAUCCUUAAAGAUUACAUUAGUUUUUAGAAGAAAAAAAUUCCAUAAGCACGGAUAUUUUGGUACAGGUUGUGAAGAAUGUUCUGUGUCUCUUCAUUAUAAAUCGAAAAGACAGCAGCAUUAAGAAACCUUAGGCUUCUUGGCUAAAAGAUGUCUUUGCAUCUUGGUGUCUCUUGAUAGUACAGAUUAGUUGGACAUUCAACAUUAAGUUAUCAUUGAUUUUGUAUAAUGAAAUUGCUCUUCAUUACAAAUUCAGUGCAUGGUUAAUGCAUUCACUGCGUUCUUCAGUUUUGGGAUGAAGGAGAUUUUUGGGAUAAUUUCACUUUAAUUUGUUUAUAUUUAUAGCUUGCUUUAAGGGUUUUGCUAUCUUUGCCAACCUGUUAAAAAUAUCUAGAGACCCAAUAAGUGAAGGUCCAUCGUGUAAAAAAUAGUUUUCUACUCUAAAUAACUUGUUCUGUUCAUGGAACUCGUACUAAGUAUAACCCUAUCAGUUUUUAAAAAGGUAAGCGCUGUUGAUUUCUAGUAUACUAAUAUAUUAUUUUUCCCUUAAAAUAAUAUAGUACGUUCAUUAGAAAAAUCCUGUUGCCCUCUGUAUUGCCUUUUUUCUUUUUGGACACUCUUAAUUGGCUUCUCUUACAUGAAUAUCCUUAAAAUCAAAAGAGAAAAAUGUCUCUUUCCAGGUAUAAAUACUUAGGAAUGUUUGAGUAACUUUGUUCCACUGAAAAAUGGAGCUACUUUUGUGAUCAGGUAGUCAGACUUUGCUGUCAACACGUGUUCUGCAUUGGUAUAGAUUUGCAAUUUCUAUGAGUCAAAAAUCUUUUCUAUGGGACAAAUAUAUUGUUAUGGUUGAUAUUCCAGUAAGGACAGUUUAUGAUUAUAUUUAUUAGUAACAGUUAAAAUAGUAUCAUUUUAAGGCUGCAUUUAAAGAUACUAUGGUUCUAAUUACGCCUAUAAACACUGUUUGCAUAGCAAUUUCUUGUGUCGGUCUCAAAGGGGUGGAGUAACUGGAUCAAUGGAUGACGGUUUCUCUUUUGAGCCAGUGUGUAUAACCCAAUCCUGUUAUUUAGAUUAAAAUUCUUAAAAACUGGUAACUUGUGUCCGUUUACAUUUUAUGUCCAGUCAUGUCAACUAUGAAAAUUUCAGCCUUAAAACUGGCUUCAUAUUUAAUUAGGAAAUACGUUCAAGUUAUAAGGUAGUAUUUUAAAACAUACUAGUAAAUAAUUUUAAGUACUUAGGACACGUGGAUUUCUUUUUUUAUGUUUUCAUAACAUUUGCAUCUUUCUUUGUUACAUGUGUGUCCACUAGAGUGCAUCCUAAAUAAACAAACUGGUGGCUCCAUCAGUUACAACCCAUGAAAACUACAGCUUUUCUUUGUCAUUUUGCUUCAGCUUAUUUUGAACUGUGCCUUUUAUUUGUGAUCCUGCAGUUGCAUUCCUCAUUCUCUCUCUCUCUAGACAGGAAUUGAAUUUCUGGAUGAAAACUUUUGUCAGAAACUUGCUUGGCAAGGGUUAAAAUAAAAUGGUAGAUUCCAGUUUUCUUAUUCCUUUGCUGUUAUGUUAUGUACAGAAGACAUGUUGCUCAACUGUUAUUUGUAGAAAUUCCCAUUUUUUUCAGGAUUUGCUGUGUGUAGACCUGGUGCACUGAUCACCUUUUACGGUUUUAUAGGCAUUCUUAUGUUGUCUAAGAGGGUAAACAUUUCUUGGCUCAGUG